GCCGGCGCAAUGUGGCCUGGAGUACUACCGUUACUGGUGUUACUAGCGGUCCUGCUGCAUCCAUCGAGAUGUACGCGUGAGAUAAAGGUGAACUUUCGGGAGAAGGAGAAGCAGGUGCUCGACAACAUCCUAGGACCAGGCCGGUACGAUGCGCGCAUCCGACCGAGCGGGGAGAACGGAACAGAUGGGCCGGCCAUUGUCCGGGUAAACCUGUUUGUGCGAAGCAUUGCGACAAUUAGUGACAUCAAGAUGGAAUACUCCGUACAAUUAACAUUUCGGGAACAAUGGUUGGAUGAGAGAUUACGAUUUGAUGACUUCGGAGGUAGACUUAAAUAUUUAACUCUGACGGAGGCCAGCCGCGUCUGGAUGCCGGAUCUGUUCUUCUCGAACGAGAAGGAGGGUCAUUUCCACAACAUCAUCAUGCCCAACGUAUACAUACGAAUUUUCCCGAAUGGCUCGGUUCUCUACAGCAUACGGAUAUCCUUGACGCUCUCGUGUCCCAUGAAUUUGAAACUGUAUCCCCUGGACCGACAAGUUUGCUCACUUCGUAUGGCCAGCUACGGAUGGACGACGAACGAUCUGGUCUUUCUCUGGAAGGAAGGCGAUCCCGUUCAAGUGGUCAAGAACUUACAUCUACCCAGGUUCACCCUCGAGAAAUUCCUCACGGACUAUUGCAAUAGCAAGACAAACACCGGAGAAUACAGUUGUUUGAAAGUGGACCUGCUGUUCAAGAGGGAAUUCAGUUACUAUCUCAUCCAAAUCUACAUCCCGUGCUGCAUGCUCGUUAUCGUGUCCUGGGUGUCUUUCUGGCUGGAUCAGAGCGCCGUGCCUGCCCGGGUGUCGCUAGGCGUUACGACACUGCUGACGAUGGCCACGCAGACAUCGGGGAUAAAUGCCUCACUGCCACCGGUCUCCUACACGAAAGCUAUCGACGUCUGGACGGGAGUGUGCUUGACCUUUGUGUUCGGUGCACUACUCGAAUUCGCGCUGGUCAACUACGCGUCGCGUAGCGACAUGCAUAGCGACAACAUAAAAAAGCAGUUCCCGAGCGAGAUAGAGCACUCGUCGUCGAUCGAUCCAUCCUCGGAGCUACUCGAGCCGGACGGAUCCGCCAACUUCGCUAUGCAGACUCGUCAUAUCGGCGGCAAUCCGUCAAUGUCGCAGCAUCAUUCGCUGCCGCGUACGUAUCAACAGGACCAUCAGCAGCAGCAGAAGCAACAACAACAGCAACAGCAGCACCACCAUCAUCAUCCGCUGCAUCGUCAUCAGCAUCAGCGUUAUCAUCCGAAUCGUUCGCCGUCGCCGUCUUUCUCGCUACUGAACGACGAAGACUGCGUCGCUGGCCGAUGCUCGCCCAUGAGGCCACCGCGACACCAUUCGCGCAGAAGCUCGGCGAGAUCGUCACCGUCGCCAUCGCGAUGGCCCUCGCCGGCCUCCUCGGCGUCACCCUUGGGCACACCGUCGCGCACCAUGUCGCGCGCCGCGACACCCUCGCCGCCGAUCGCGACAGCGAUCUCGUCCGCGGCACCGCUGCCCACAUCGACGACGGUACCGUCGCAAACGUACUGCUGGAACCUGGGACGAAAAUUGUUCACCUGUCGUGCCCAAGGCAGCGCGAGAAUCGACAUCUUUGCGCGCGUUGCCUUUCCCCUCAUGUUCAUCCUUUUCAACUUCGCGUACUGGUCUAUCUAUCUGUUUCGCGGCGACGACAACGUGGGCACAGAUAAAUGAGAACGGAGAGGAAAGCGUAUACGGAAUCAGAAUCACCUGUACGAAGUCGAGCCAAGUGCAAAUCCGUCAAGUCGGAGAGGAAAUGCCCUCGAAGAAAUGCCGAAGCGAGCAAGCUUUAUGCAGAAACUCCGAUCGAUAAGAUAAUACGUGAACAUCAUCAAAUCAUCACGUUUACUUGACGAGAACCGACCGGAGGCACUUCGAUGAGAAAAUUCCUCCACUGCCUGCGCCCGAAACGGGAAUAUUCCAGUACGAGGAUCAUCCACAAGACGCAACGAGGACGUUAGCAACGUUCGGUAGAACCAUCUCGUGACGGUGGGUAAAAUGAUGAGGACGAUGAAAUGCGAUGAGUACCUUAGAUGCGUACCACACCUUACACAUAUACAAACAUGCGCAUACAUGCAUAACAUGCACACCGUACCUCAUGACCCGCUCGGAAGACCGCGUGCCACAGACUGAACUGAAAGCGUAGUGGGCCCUGUAUAGCCACGGCCUGUUAACAAUUAAAGAAAAAAAAAAAGCGUAAAGUUUAUAAGCAUAAUUAUGUUUACGUUGCGCAAGAUCGCGCGUCGUCAGGUCGCGAAUGCGUCCGUCGUUGCGAAAUUAACGUCGGACGGUUCGCCGGAUCUGGUAAGUGUUACCAUAAGACGGGGUAACAGUAGCAUAACAGUGCGACACGUCGAGACAACUCGGUUCGCUUCGACUUCCAUGCGGAAUGACAAUCGCAUCGAUAAACGUGCGAGAGUUAAGAGCGGCGUGCUCGUAUUAUUUUGUCGUUGUUCCACGAAGAAAACGACACCGGCAUUGGCUUGCUGUGUCGCAUGUUACCCCUUCUUAAGGCUGCAUCAGAUGCACACGAGGAUCGACCGCGGGAUGUUCGACGCUGAAAAAAGGAUAUUGGGAAUAUUAAGUAUUUAGAAAAGUGCCGAACAUUCCGAUGAAUCUUCUGGUGUAUACAAAAUCUGUUAGUAUGAGCUGACAGGUUUAUCAAUCCUAGCGGUACCAAAUGACGCGGAGUCUCCGGAAUCUGUAUUUGAGUUAUCGUAUUUUUCUAUUUAUCCCAUAUAAUUUAAAAGGAAGAUGUGAAGAAAUAGCUAUCGCAAAAUGUAACAAUCAAGAGAAAUUUACAAUUGUAAUUUAAUUAUGCCAAUGGAGAAGCUAUCCCCUCGUCAUGGAUAAUGUACAAGAUGUUUUGGUAUCGCUAGGCUUAAUCCUUAUCCGGGCAAUUUCGUCUUUAUUAUCUUAAAGAAAAAGGACUAAUGCUCGUAGAAGGGAUUAUUCGACGUAAGUUAUUGGCGAACGAAGAUUCAAAAUAUUUUAGACAAAUUUAGAAUGAACAAAGAAGAUACAUCCGGUUUACCUGGAGGAUAAUCUAAAGCCCGGAUGAAGAUUAACAGACGCAGACGCGAGUGCGAGCCGCGAGAGCGGUCGCGGACUCGCGAUACGAAGUAUCGGCGAAGCGGUCGCGUCGCAUGAAAAACCGCGUACAACGUAUUUCUUGUUUCCGCCGCCCCGGGUCAACGUUCGCCCGGGAGAGGAAAUCCCGACUCGGGGACGCGACCCCCGGGGCUCUCCCACGUAUAUUGCUCAUAAGAGAUCGGCGACGCCGCGCGCGGAAAUCUUACCCGUCGACCUGUCUGUCGAGGAGCUGCGGUGUCGUCGACCUCGCGGAUGGAACGAGGAGACGACGAAGACACGCAGAACGUGCUCACAUAGAAAAAGAAAAGAAAAAAAAAAGAAGAAAAAGGAAAAAAAUGAAAAAAAAAGGGAAAAAGAGAGAGAAAGCGGUGCGGACGAUUGAUAUUUUUUGAAACACACGACGGGAGACGCUACCCUCAAGCGAGAGACGACAUAGCGCGUUUGCCGGCGUCGACGACAGCGAACCUCGACGAGAGCGCACCACCGACUCCGCGUCCGGUGGUGAUAACGGAAGAGCAGGGGCUGCGCGAUUGGACGCCUCCGCACUCCACACACGACCGAGAUGAAAAGUGAAAUGUCGCGCCUCCGCAUUCUCGAAUCCGGGAAAUGAUCAUCAUUCGGAGGAUGUAACUACCGGGGGCCUCCGACGAAUGGGGCGAGUUUCGUAGCGCGACGUGUUCGAUCGCAUCUCCCCCCCGUUCUUCUUCCCCGUUUGUUGUAUCUUCCUUUUAUUCCGUGCAACCGUAGCGCGUGCGUAAGAAACGAAUCUCGCGGGUUUGGCAAACGGCCCGCGAGUCAUCGGCAGGUAUCUCUCGCCUCCGUAGGACCGCGUGUUGUAUCUAGGAAAUAGACGGAUAAAUGAUUUCUCCUUUCUAAAAAAAAAAAAUUACAGUUGAGAGUCACAGUCUGUCAGAUCGAAGCUGAUCAAGCUCGAUCGCGUCGUUCCGAGAAUUCGUCUUUAGCGAAAAUCCGUUCCCGGAUACAACAAGCCUUUCCUGGUUCCGCGAAGCGCGAUUGGAACGAAACGCGUCCUCACGAAAGCUAUUAUUCGUCGUAAAUGCAAAUAUAAAUGUCAUUCAGUGGUGA